GAUGAUUUCAAGACCAAAUUUAUAAUAUCCCUCUUUUUCCCAGAGGGAAAAUGAUUCCAUCAGACCUCGAAAGAAGAAUUCUUGAGGCUAAACAAAAAGGAUUUGUUCCUUUUCUAGUGAGUGCCACAGCUGGAACAACAGUGUAUGGGGCAUUUGACCCACUCAUAGCUAUUGCAGACAUCUGCAAGAAAUACAAAAUCUGGAUGCAUGUGGACGGAGCAUGGGGUGGCGGGCUGCUGAUGUCAAGGAAGCACAAAUGGAAGCUAAAUGGUGUUGAAAGGGCCAACUCGGUGACCUGGAACCCUCACAAGAUGAUGGGAGUCCCACUGCAGUGUUCAGCCCUGCUAGUGAGGGAAGAGGGACUGAUGCAGAGCUGCAAUCAGAUGCAUGCGUCCUACCUCUUUCAACAAGACAAACACUACGACCUGUCUUAUGACACUGGUGACAAGGCUUUGCAAUGUGGGCGGCACGUUGAUGUCUUCAAGCUUUGGCUGAUGUGGAGGGCAAAGGGAACCACAGGAUUUGAAGCACAAAUUGAUAAGUGCUUGGAACUUGCAGAAUACCUAUACAACAAAAUAAAGAACAGAGAAGGGUAUCAAAUGGUGUUUGAUGGAAAGCCUCAGCACACAAACGUCUGCUUCUGGUACAUACCUCCCAGCUUGCGCAGCGUGGAAGACAGCGAAGAAAGGAUGAGCCGCCUCAUGAAGGUGGCACCUGUGAUAAAAGCAAGGAUGAUGGAAUAUGGGACGACCAUGGUGAGCUAUCAGCCUCUGGGAGACAAAGUGAACUUCUUCCGGAUGGUCAUCUCAAACCCAGCAGCAACUCAUCAGGACAUUGAUUUCCUGAUUGAUGAAAUAGAGCGCCUGGGACAAGAUUUAUAAUAACCGGGUGUGAAAGGCUGUUCCUGGACCUCUAAGUAGACAAUUAAGUUGUCACAAACUGUGCGAAUGUAUUUGUAGUUUGUUCCAAAGUAAAUCUAUUUCUAUAUUGUGGCGUUGGAGUAGAGUACAGUUUAAAAUCAAAAAAUCAUGGCUCCUUCAAAGUCCUUUCCUGAGUUUUAGAAUACCUCGUUAAUAAUUAGUUUCACAAAAAGCUGCAUUGAAACAAAUGAGGAAGAACAGAAGAUGUUUAAAAUUUUAUCCCAAAUUUUAACAUGGGGACUACUUUAAAUUAAAAGCAGUCAGACCAAAUGAUGCCAAAUUUGCCCAAAAUGGUGACAAAAUCAACUUAAGAGAAUAAGGAGAGGGUAAUGAGAAACAGAGUAUAUAAGCCGUUUGUUUAAAAGUGGAAGUAUUUUGCCUUUUUCGUAGUAUUAGAACAGAGUUUCUAAUUUACCUAUAGCAGUAUUUCAAAUGUAUUUAAAUAGGUAUAGUUUUACAAAAGGAAAUAUAUAUAUAUAUAUAUAUAAAAACCCUAUUUUGUAAAAUAUAUAUUUUUGUUUUAUAUGGGUUAUAAAACUGCAAGGACAGAAGCUGAAAAUUAACCAGAAUUCUUUUUCUUUUGAUGGAGGUGCCUCAAGUAUUUAUUACUGCUUAUUUUAAAUCAUAAGCCCACAUACAUUCUGAAGAGGUACCCAUACCUCAUUUCUCCAUGUCACAUGGAUUGUAGGUCUCCAGGGUUGAUUACUGAAAAACCUCAAGAGUACUGCAGCUCUUAAAACCACUUAAUAAGAUCAAUUACAGUACCACAAUAGGAUGCUAUUAUUCCUAAUUAUGUUUCCCACUUGGCCUAACUAAGCAGACGCACAAUCAAUCUACAGUGCUAACCAAGACUGAAAUAAGGUUGUAUUUGGAUGGUUUCUUUGUCCUGGGGUAAAAAAAAAAGCCUAUCCAAAAAGUCACAUGUCUGAAUAGUGCUUACCUCAUAACCAUUUCUGCUCUGAGCAGUACAAAACUGUACAGAAUAUGAAUUGCCUGGAAUGCUUCCGAAAGAAAGCUUCGUUAAGAGGGGAGAGGCUUCUUACGGAUGUACAGGUCUGCAGGACAAGGCCUAAACUAAAGAUGACCGUAAUCCAGAUGGCAGUGUUGGAGGUUGUUUGAGGUUGUUUGAGGUUAAGUAACAAACUGCGUUGUCAAAGGUUCUCCCAGUACUGGACUAUGUCCUUUGCUACAACUUUUGAAAUGGCAGCAAAUGAAUGAGCUUAGGCCACAUCUGCCUAGAACAGCCCAUGCAAACCCUCACCAGCCUUAGAAGCCAUGGGCAUGACUCCUGCAGAACUCAUUGCUGCCCCAUUCCUCACUAUUAGCAGUGACUCUGAGAAGGCAGCUGAUGUUUAUCCUCUUUUCCCCUUCAACAGCUGGAAGUGUCGGUAGGAAUUACGGGGCUCAGGUCUGUCUAUUUAUAACCCUACAAAAGUUUUGGUUUUAACUUUGCCUACAUGGCCAACUUGUGUUUGUAAAGCAAUAUUGUUUUGCUGGCUCUAACAUACUUGAAAAGAAAAUAAAAAGUGCAAUGUGAGAUGUGCUUUUAAUUUAAUCUAAAAUAAAUUAAGUAUUAAUUCAACGUAAUAUCAUGAGGACGUGAAGUAAGAGGAAAUAGUGUCUGUAAUUGUGUUGCCUUUAUUAUAUUGAUAGUACUGUUUUGUCACCUCAGAUUGAGGCUGUGCACUUUAGAUUUAAACUGUACAAUGUUGCAAAUCAACAUGUGUUGCUGUAUAAGCUUGUACAAUAUAUUAUUGAUAUGUCAUUAUUUGUGUGGUUGUGGUAUUGACUCUUGAUAUUGUAAGAACUGCAUUUGCGCCAGUCCCUCUGCUAUACCUUUGCUUGGUAAGAACCUCUCCUCGUGGGCUUGUAGGCAGCCCUCAACUCACCUGGGUGUGUCGCCAUCGCUACCUAUGCUGCAUUCUGUGGCAAUUUGUUCCGUAGAGGAGGUGCCAAUUGUGGCAGGAAGGACUUCAAUGUAACCUUCUCUAUAUGUGUCACAUCCACCAGUCUAACCACUGACAUACUGAGUAGAGCAGCAAAUUACAGACUUUCUUGCUGUGAAAAAGGCAAGCAAAGAGCAUAGACAUAAAAAGUAUGGGGACAGUGGUGAAGGUGAUCAGUAGCCUGGUUACAUCUUGCAUGUGCAAUUCUGUUUUAAAGUACUAAGUGCAUACGAUGUAUUUAUUAGCUGUGUGUGCCAAUCCAAGAUUCACAUUUGGUGUUCCAGGAGAACCAGCAUUUUUUUCCACAUUACAAUGUUUAUUGCAGCCAGGAAAGAGUGGCACAGCAACCUGUUCUUGUGUUUGACCAAAGUAUCUUAUCUGUGUUGUUGAUCUAAAUCCAAAUAAAAGUGUAAAAUGUGGCAGUGGGUCUUCUCAUUAGCAGCACCAAUGGGCAUUGUGCAAAAACCAGAUUUAUCAUGUGUGCCAUUUCGGAGCAAGGCCCCAAUAAAGAGAAUGUUUAA